AUCGUUUGAUGUGCGAUGCGUUUAUGUUAUUCAACAGUAAUUACUUUCAAGAUUCAAAAAAUUAUCACCAUGAAAAGUUUCAUCGCUUUCGCUUGUUUGAUUGCCAGCAUCAGUGCUGUGCCCCGGUACGGAGUCGCCGUUGACUACAAUGACGAGCGUAUCGUUACUGGUCAGAUCAUCAGCGCCAUUGAUGACUUAAGCCAAUCCAUCAAGGAUGCAGGUCUUGACCCCCUUUACAUCAAGAGGGAAGACAGCUCGUACGCUCUGCCAGUACCUGUGAUCUUCAACUAUGCAGCAUUCGUCGAAGAGAUUUUGAGUACUGGUCUCAGCAACAUCAAGGUCAACAGAAUAAACUACGGUGUUCUCACAUCUCGUCUUACAUUCGACAUUGAAAUUCCCCGUGUUGAGUUUGCUGUCGGUGCUUCCGCUGCUAAAGCUACAAUUUUCAGCAACGACAUCGAAGGUCUAGUGUCUGGCACGGUUGUGAUCGACAGGAUCCGCGUCACCGGCAACGUUCGCGUCAGCAUUGGUAUCAUCUCUGGCAUCUCCAUUCGAAGUGUUGACAUUGACUUCUCUCUCCGCGGCAUUGAGUCUAACGUCCGCCUAGUCAUCCAAGGAAACAACUACUCCGAGCAGAUCAAUGAGUUCCUCGGCGCCACGAUUCCUGACACCCUCAAGUCUCAUUCCAAAGAAAUCAACAAGCUGCUCGAGAUUGUCGUGUUGGAAGUCCUCAACGACAACUUGUAAAUGCCGACCCCCAAAAGUUUCAUGAAAUAAAGUUAAAAGUGAUACUAGGUAUAACAAUUUUAAUUUUAAGUCCUUCAUCUCAUGUUACGUUUCUUAAGUAAAAAAAAUGUAAUAAAAAUAUUUUUCAUA